AUGUCUGCUCAGAACCACAGCUCUGUGUCUGAAUUCAUCCUCAUUGGCUUCUCCACUUUUCCCCAGCAGCUCCUACCAAUUUUCUUUCUGCUGUUCUUGCUGAUGUACCUGUUCACACUGCUGGGGAACCUGCUCAUCAUGGCCACCAUCUGGAGGGAGCGCAGCCUCCACACUCCCAUGUACCUCUUCCUGUGUGCCCUCUCCAUCUCUGAGAUCUUCUACACCUUCGCCAUCAUUCCUCGGAUGCUGGCCAACCUGCUCUCCACCCACCCCACCAUCGCCUUCAUGGCCUGUGUCAGUCAGAUGUUCUUCUCCUUCAUGUUUGGCUUCACCCACUCCUUCCUGCUCACCGUCAUGGGCUACGACCGCUAUGUGGCCAUCUGCCACCCCUUACGCUACAAUGUCCUCAUGAGCCCCCAAAGCUGUGCAUGCUUGGUGGUCUUGUCCUGGGCUGGGGGCUCUGUUAUGGGGAUGGUGGUGACAACGGCCAUUUUCAAUCUCAACUUCUGUGGACCCAACAAGGUCCACCAUUUCUUCUGUCACGUGCCACCCCUUGUGAAAUUGGCCUGUGGAGACAAUGUCUCCAUUGUGGCCAAGGGUGUGGGCCUGGUGUGCAUCACAGCCCUGCUGGGCUGCUUUCUCCUCAUCCUCCUCUCCUAUGCCUUCAUAGUAGCCACCAUCUUGAAGAUCCCGUCUGUUGAAGGUCGGCACAAAGCCUUCUCAACCUGUGCAUCCCACCUUAUUGUGGUUGUUGUGCACUAUGGCUUCGCCUCUGUCAUCUACCUCAAGCCUAAGGGUCCCCACUCUCUGGAGGGAGACACCCUCAUGGGUACUACCUACACGGUCCUCACACCUUUCCUCAGCCCCAUCAUCUUCAGCCUCAGGAACAAGGAGCUGAAGAAUUCCCUGAAUAAGACCUUUCUCAGCAAACUCUUUCCCUCACAUUCCUGA